AUGAGGGCACAACUCUCUCUCCCUCCUGUUCUCCUCGACAGGAAAGAAGAUGAGCUUUCAGGAGCUCCAUUGCCUGUCAAGCUUCGCAUCAUCACUGUCACUGAAGCUCUGAACAGCUACAAGCAUGAGAAGACUGGCGGCGCAAUCCUCCCCCUGGCUAUCGUCGUAGCCUGUAUGGUCGAGCAACUUCCUUACAAGAUCGAGCCUUCUGCGGCUUCGGGCAAGUCAACCGAGCACAAGCUUCGCCGCAAGAAGUGCUCUGCCAAUCUCCGCUCAGGGAACGCUGUGUAG